GGCUUUGCCAAUAUCUGUCUAAUUUUGUCAAGCUCUCUUCCUACGUGCCUCUAUAAAUACAUCACCACGCACAUCCUCCUUGGAGCAUCAUAGAGAAAAGUAGUGAAAGGAUUAGAAUUUGAUCGAUCUGUAAAGAAUGUCCCUAAUCAUGAAAAUUUCGGUGCUGCAAAUUUUGGCGCUUUGUAUUCUGGAUGGUGUCCUCCAUUGCCAAGGUUGGGCUCGUCAUACUUUUGUGGUGCAAGAGACUCCAUACACAAGACUUUGUAGCACAAAAAACAUAUUGACGGUAAAUGGACAAUUUCCUGGACCAACUCUACACGUUAACAAAGGAGAUACUAUCGUUGUUGAAGUUCAUAACAAAGCCAAUUAUAACAUCACCAUCCACUGGCAUGGAGUGAAACAACCAAGAUAUCCAUGGUCAGAUGGUCCUGAAUAUAUUACACAAUGUCCAAUCCGACCAGGACAAAAGUUUCGCCAGAAGAUAAAACUUUCCUCAGAAGAAGGAACUCUCUGGUGGCACGCGCACAGUGACUGGUCACGGGCCACUGUUUAUGGCGCUAUAGUCAUCCAUCCCAAGAACGGAACUAGUUAUCCUUUUCCCAAGCCUCAUGCGGAAGUACCCAUCAUAUUAGGAGAGUGGUGGAAGAAAGGUAUAACGGAGUUAUAUAAUGAAUUUCGUGAAAGUGGGCAAGACCCCAGUGUGUCCGAUGCAUAUACUAUCAAUGGUCAACCUGGAGAUCUAUAUCCAUGCUCAAAAUCUGAAACUUUCAAAUUCAGGGUGGACUAUGGAAAGACAUAUCUACUCCGCAUAAUCAACGCUGCUCUUCAGGAUAUUCUCUUCUUUGGCAUCGCCAAACAUAAAUUGACGGUCGUUGGAACAGACGCUAGCUACACCAAGCCACUGAAGACAGAUUACAUUGCAAUAUCACCUGGACAAACGAUUGAUGUCUUGUUAGAAGCAAACCAGCCGCUAGGUGAUCAUGACUAUUCCAUGGCUGCUAAAGUUUAUUCCAGCGCAAAUGGGGUCGAAUACGAUAAUACUACCGCCACUGCUCUUUUACACUACAACGUCGGAAACGACAAUAUUAAUCCAUCUUCAACACCCUACUUACCUAAUCUUCCUUCCUACAAUGACACAAAUGCAUCUGCUAACUUCACUGGUAGCCUUAGAAGUUUAGCUGAUGAUGAUCAUCCAGUUCAUGUGCCUUUAAACAUAAGCACACCACUCAUAUUUACCGCUUCUGUAAAUAUAUUUGCAUGUGCGAGUAAUAGUACUUCAUGUAAUGGAACGCGGCUCGCUGCAAGCAUGAACAACAUAAGCUUUCAGUUGCCAACCACUGACAUACUAAGUGCAUAUUAUUACCAUAUUGGCGGCGUCUAUGGGGACAAAUUUCCAAGUGUACCACCUUUGAAAUUUAAUUUUACAGCAGAUGUUCUCCCAGCGUAUCUACUGACGCCAAAAACAGGGACAGAAGUGAAAGUAAUUGAAUAUAACUCAACGGUGGAGCUUGUUUUGCAAGGAACAAACUUGGCUGCAGGGACUGAUCAUCCCAUGCACAUACAUGGGUAUAGUUUUUACGUGGUUGGUUGGGGAUUUGGGAAUUUUGACAAAGACAAGGACCCUUUGGGAUAUAAUCUUGUUGAUCCUCCUCUUCAGAAUACUAUUGCUGUCCCUAAGAACGGCUGGGCUGCCAUACGAUUCAAAGCAAACAACCCAGGGGUGUGGUUCAUGCACUGCCAUUUAGAACGUCACCUGAGUUGGGGUAUGGAUAUGACAUUCAUUGUUAAGAAUGGGGAUCACUCAGACGCGCAAAUGCUGCCCCCACCACCAGACAUGCCGCGGUGUUGAAUAAGAAGCGAAUUAAUUUGUGCCUUUUUUUUUUUUUUUUUUUUAACAUGUCCACACAAGAGGGGAAAGGGGAAUUCGAACUAGUGACCUCUGCUUCAUGAGACGUGGUCUCCAGCCGAUUGAACUACCCCUUGGGAACGUGCCUUAUUUCAUUUAUAUGCUUCAUUAUCGAUCUGCUUGUAUUUAGAUGACUGGAUGUUUAUUUCUUUAGCAUAUUUUAAAAAAGGAAAAAGUACACUACCUCCUUUAAACUA